UACAGCAGAUUAUAACAAAUGCGUGAUUUAAAAUGCACCUUUAUGUAUAACAUCUGCAGAGCCGCGGUUAACAACGUCGUGCGCAGAAAAUCAGCUUUAAAAUGUAUAAUUCUUUUUCAAAGUGAGCACAGGUAUUGUUGCUGAAUUGAUUUACAUUUAUAUUGAACGUGUGUUAAAAUCUCGUUUAAAUAAAAGAGAUUUUUGUUAGAAUUAGAAUUGAGUCAAAACACCGUGCGACUUCACAGUUCAUUGUGUUAUUAUUAAGUUAUGUAUUACUAAAACUCAAUUAAAAAAUUGGAGAAAUUGUGGGUGCCCAUUUUUUUCUAUCAAAAUUUACAAAUACCAAAAAAUUAUUAGUCAGUAAUUGAACAUAUCAGUUAAUUGAAAUUUGUUAUGUUUUUCUGAUUCAAAUUUACUUGUUAAGAUUACUGAUCUACAAAAUAUUUCAAGUAUAUUUUUUGAUUUUAUCCCCAGAACAUUUGACCGGCAAAAUGGUCGCUGGUUCUGCAGAAAAAGCACAUAAAGACAUCCAUUUAACCGAAGAAUGGAUCCGAGAAAGGUUAAAUUUAGAACGAGAGCAACUCGACAAUAUCAAAGCCCUUUCCUUACCUGGAACAUACCAUGAGAAAAUCACGACACUCGGCAAUUCUCUACAUCGGUUUACGAGACUAAAAGAACUAGAUCUUUCUAGAAACUCGCUAACCCAUUUAAAUGGCCUAGAACAUCUGAAAAUUUUAGAAAGCCUAAAUCUUUAUUACAACCAAAUCGAAACCCUAGACGACUUGAAGUUAUUACGUAACAAUCCGAACAUCAAGAAACUAGACUUGCGAUUGAACCCGGUUUCUAAACAUGUCGCGGACUACCGACAACUUCUAAUAAGUUACCUUCCUAAUUUGGAAUAUCUAGACGAUCGUCCAAUCAAAGAUGCGGAAAAGGUUGAAGCCAGUCAGCAUUUCGUCAAUCUAAUUGGUCCUAAGGAAAACAAAUCAGAAUCAAGAAUGCCAAUUAGUCGGACAAUCGAAGCACGUGACUAUCGAACGAGUGAACUGAAGCACGUUUUAGAUACCGAAGUCGGAAAAGACGAUCGAAAGUCGUGGAAAAAUAUACAUGAAGCACCUCGAAAGGCUUCAGAAAAUUCAAAAUACGACCACGUCUAUAGAGUGACAAAAUCCGGUUCUCACUUUCAAGAAGGUCGCGGAAGCUCUUCGGAUACUGACAAGGAGUUCAAAGGAUGCUACGCUACCUUUACUCCCAGCCCGACCUACUCAAGCUCGUCUUCGGGUGGAUACGAUUCCGAAAGCUGCCGACGGAAAAACCGAAGAUCGGAUAGUUCUUCUCGGAAAUCCGAGAAAGUCCGGGAAAUUUCCGAGCGGGAUUCGUCGUGUGGAGUUAAAAUUUCAAAAGAAUUCAAAGAAGCUGAAAAUCAGUUCACUUCUCAAGUUAUGCACAUGGUCGAAGAAUUCUGGGAAGGUCCAAAAAGUUUGGAAGAAAACCCCACAUUUCUGGCAUCUCUGAAAUCAACAUUUCGAGAUUACACUCGGAAAUUUGUAUCGGAUAAUAAACGAAUCAUAAGCCAACAACAACAACAAAUCGAGAGUUUGGGGCUGGAAAACGCUCAGCUGAGCGAAAGGUUGAGAGAGGUGAAAUCAUCACAAGAGUCAGAGUUGAUCACAUUGAGAGCGAAAGUUAAUCAGCUCGAAGACCAACUGAGAUAUGAACAGUCUCAAAGAUCAUCGGUUGAAAAAAUGAAACGAAAAACGGACGAAGAGUUAAUUCAACUGAAACAUGAUUUCAAUGAAUUCCAGAUGCAAGCAAAGUGCCAAAACUUGAACAAAAAUGUGCGCAUGAAAUCAGAAAUUGACCAUCUUAGAACAGAAUUAGGAAAGUAUAGAAAUUUGGAAAGCACGGUUGUGGCUUUGAAAGAAAAUCAGAAAAAGCUGAUGAUUACAAACGAGCAUCUGACCCACGAGUUGAGUUUGAUGAGAAACAAAAGUUUGUUCAAUGCGUGGAAGGAUCCUAAUUUGCCCACGAACUCAGUGUUGCAAGCAUAACUGACAUUCAAUAUUCAUUCAGAGAAAUGUAUUAAAUGAGUGUAAAUAGAAGAAAUUUCAUAGAAAAAAUUAU